GUUACGGCGCGGCGGCCAUUUUCUUGUAGACCGCCUGCUAUUGGCGGAACAUUACAUUGUACACGGGCAGAUGAGGACAAAGAUUGUUUUUUUUUUUUUGUCGCACAGUCACACAACCAUAACACAGGCUUGGAGGAGAGGAGGACACGUCUGGGGCUGACACUGUGCAAGGAUGGGUGAGAGAAAAGGAACCAACAAGUAUUAUCCUCCGGACUUCGACCCGGCCAAGCAUGGCUCCCUCAACGGCUACAGGAAAAGUCACCCACUGCGGGAGCGGGCCCGGAAGCUGUCCCAGGGCAUCCUCAUCAUCAGGUUUGAGAUGCCGUAUAACAUCUGGUGUGACGGCUGCAAGAAUCACAUAGGAAUGGGCGUCCGAUAUAACGCAGAGAAGAAGAAGGUCGGCAAUUAUUACACCACUCCUAUUUACAGGUUCAGGAUGAAGUGUCACUUAUGUGUGAAUUACAUUGAGAUGCAGACGGACCCUGCGUCAUGUGACUACGUGAUCGUGAGCGGAGCACAAAGGAAGGAGGAGCGCUGGGACAUGGCAGACAACGAGCAAAUACUUACUACAGAACAUGAAGAGAAGCAGAAACUGGAGACAGAUUCUAUGUUUCGGCUGGAACACGGAGUCAAAGAUAAAGAGAAGCUCCAGAAGGCGGCGCCAUCGCUGUCCGAGCUGCAAGAGGCUCAGAGCGCGUGGAAGGACGACUUCGCCCUCAACAGCCUCCUGCGCGGCAAGUUUAGGGAAGAGAAAAAGCAGAUUCGGGAGGAGGAGGAGCGAGACCAGGCUCUGCUGAAGAAGACGUCGCUGGACCUGAAGCUUCUACCGGAGGUCGAGGAGGAUAAGAAGCUGGCAGCUCUGCUCAAGUAUCGCAGUCUGGAGUCCUACGACAAGAAGCAGCAGCAGAAGCGCUUGGAGAUCAUCAGCCGCUCCUGGUUCUCCCCCGCAGGUGACAAAAAGACAAUAAAAAACCUAAUCAUCCGACCCAAACCUCCGCCGACCCUCGGGACAUCCGCCAUAGCCCUCGGCGUAGUGCGACGGUCUUCUAAAGACGGAAUUCAGUCAGACGGCAAGAGAGAGACGGCAGAGGAGGCAACAGCCGGUAACAGCAAUGGGGGAUGUGGGCAGCCGGGGGACAAUAAGACAUGGACUGUCACCAGCAACACCCUGCAUCCCCCCACCCCUACAUCGGGCCUAGUCGCUGACUACUCGGACUCCAGCUCUGAGGCGGAGGUGUAGCCUCUGUAUAAGCUGUAUAUAGGGUCUGGGAUGGGGAGGGAGUGUGUUCUAAGUCUGCAGAGUGUUGUCUGGUUGUAUAUACUAUAUACUAGUUUCAUGUCAUCCAUAAGCUUUGUCUCUUCAUUACAGAGACAACCCAAACACCUCACACCAAGAAUAUGAACAUAUCCGGUACUUCCAUCUUUUACAGCUUGCUGCUAAAUCGCGUCUAUUGUUCUCUGUUAUCAGCCGCCUCUGGCUCAUAUUAGUGUAACAGCGGUGUUGUUAAG